UUUAAGAUUUUACUUUCAAACACUCUCCCAACUCGCCGCCUUCGAACCCACGCUUCUCUGCAACUCAAAAUAUUUUUAACCUUUUCCAACGAAACGAUUGAAGCUCGUAUCCAAUGUGAGCUUCCAAAUCCCUUCCAUCUUGCAAACCCUAGAUCUCUGCCAUAUUCUCCAUUUGAAGAUCCCUAUGAUUUGCUACGAUUCAUCAUUGUGAAGGAAGACAACGUUUUGAUCUCACUGGAAUUGGUAAUUUUUUCAAAUUACAUUUGAGAUUUCACAAAUUUCCUGCCAAUAUUUUGAAUCUGAACCAUGUCAUUUGAAGAUGAGGAGGCUUUUGAGCAUACGCUUUUGGUUGUUCGUGAAGUUUGUGUGUUCAAAAUCCCACCUCGAAGCACAAGCGGUGGAUAUAAAUGUGGGGAGUGGUUACAAUCUGAUAAGAUCUGGUCGGGGCGUCUGCGUGUGGUUUCGUGUAAAGAACGAUGUGAGAUCCGGCUUGAGGAUCCCAAGUCAGGCGAUCUCUUUGCCGCUUGCUUUGUUCUUCCUGGGCAGAGGGAGAACUCCGUUGAAACUGUCCUUGAUUCGUCCCGCUACUUUGUGUUGAAGAUUGAAGAUGGGACGGGCAAGCAUGCCUUUAUUGGGUUGGGAUUUAAUGAGAGGAAUGAGGCAUUUGAUUUCAACGUUGCGCUGUCAGAUCAUGAGAAGUAUGUAAAGAGGGAGAAUGAGAAGGAGUCGGGUGAAGCGAGCGAUGAUAAUCAUAUCGAUAUUCAUCCUGCUGUUAAUCACAGAUUGAAGGACGGUGAGACCAUCCGGAUAAAUGUAAAGCACAAAACAACUAGUGGAACUGGCAUGCUUUCAGCUGCUGGGUUGUCUGGUGGUGUUCCAGGGGUGGGGAAUCCUAAAUCUCCAGGCCUUGCUCCACCACCUAGUGGAGCUGGGAAAAUUCGAUCCCCUCUUCCACCGCCACCCAAUGAUCCUGCUGUUGGUCGGAUGGCUUCUGGCCAUCAUGGUGUUGGAUUCAAGGGUUCCAAAGAAAACGUGAGGCGUGCAAAUGAUCCUUUGUCAGAUUUCUCUCAACUUGAGUACUGGAUCAAUUUUUAUUUUGCACUUUUUUCUUUCUCUUGCUGAAGACACCCAUGGACUCCAUGGAAAGAAGGAGAACCCUUCCUUCAGCUACUGGAUCAGGAUCAACAAAGAGCACCGCAGCAGGAUGGGCAGCAUUUUAAAUUUGUGUAAGCAUAUGUUGGAUGGGUGGUUGUUUCUUCUCUUAAAGAUUAAAAAGGGAAAAAAGAAAAGAAGUAAAAGGAAAAGAAAAAAGAGUGAGGCAUUAUAGACUUACCAAUCUUUUAAAAAUAUAAUGUUCAAUGGAAUAUGUCUAUUGUUUCGUCUGCUCUUAUUUGUAUUUAGAAGCCUUUUAACAUAUUAUAUUUGGUAAAUUCUGAGAUUAUCAUA